AUGCAUGUGAUAAAGUUGCACUUGAUCACUCAUGGAUUUCUUAGUACUUACACAAGGUGGUAUCACCAUGGUGAGCAAGUAGAGGAAGUAGAAGAUGAAGGAUUAUUCGAAACCAAGGAUACUGUUGAAGAUUCGGAUCAGCGUGAUGAUUUGGCUACAGGUCUUCAUGAUGCUAUUGGUAGUAAGUAUUUUGACAUUGGUCCAACUAGUGACUUCAAUGAUGAAUCUCCACUUAAUGUGGAUGACAAGUAUGAUGCAUUGUUUGAGUCACUUCAUAAGCCUUUGUACAAUAAUUGUAAAGGUUUCUCUGUCUUAAGCGCGAUUGUGAAGUUGAUGAAUCUCAAAGUGCUUAACAAAUGGACAGAUAAAUCAUUCGACGGUCUUUUGGAGUGUUUGACAGAGAUAUUGCCCGAGGGUAAUCAGUGCCCAGGGAAUUAUUACCAGACGAGUAAGCUUCUUUGUGAGGUUGGGUUAGGCUAUGAGCAAAUUGAUGUUUGUCAAUACGAUUGUGCAUUGUUUUAUGGUGAGAAUGCAAAUGCAGUGUCAUGUCCUGUAUGCAAGUCUAGUCGUUAUGUACAAAAUCAAAUCCCACAUAAACGACUUAGAUGGUUCCCAAUCAAGGCACAACUUAAGCGAUUAUUUAGUUCGAAACACACUUCUAAAGAUAUGCAAUGGCAUAAAGAGGUACGAAAAAAUGAAGCUAGGAUUUUACGUCAUCCUGCUGAUGGGGAUGCUUGGAAGCAUUUCGACAAUGUUCAUCCUGACUUUGCAGCUGAUUCCAGGAGUGUACGAACGGGGUUGGCAUCAGAUGGGUUUAACCCUUUCUCUAAUAUGACAUCAACCUAUAGUUUGUGGCCGGUGAUAUUAAUUCCGUACAAUAUGCCACCUUGGGCUUCUCCUAAUGGAAUAAACUAUCUCAUGUCUUUGUUAAUUCCAGGUCCUAAAUCUCCUGGAAAAUAUUAUGAUGUGUUCUUGAAGCCAUUAAUUGAAGAGCUUAAAGAAGCUGCAGUCUUGUGGACAAUUAGUGAUUUUCCUGCUUAUGCAUACUUGUCUGGGUGGAGCACUGCUGGUAAAUUAGCAUGUCUCGUUUGUCUUGAAGAUACAAGAUCUAGAAGAAUAACUGACAAACAAUGUUUCAUGGGACAUCGAUGUUAUUUGAAAAGAAACCAUUCUUGGAGAAAAAGUAAAGAAUAUGAUGGAUCUACUGAAUUACGUGGCCCUCCUAGAAAUUUUACUAGUGAUGACAUUUUAAAGCAAUUGGAUGAAAUUCCUAUUCAUACCCCCGGUAACGCACCAAGUAAUUCUUCUAGAAAACGUAAGUGUGGAGAGAAAGAGAUGAAUUGGUGUAAUAGAAGUGUUUUGUUUGACUUGCCAUACUGGUCAAAGCUCUUGCUGCGUCACAAUCUUGAUGUGAUGCAUAUAGAGAAAAAUGUAUGUGAUAACAUUAUUGGAACACUUUUAGACAUUGAAGGUAAAUCGAAAGACAAUUUAAAAGCUCGUAAGGAUUUUCAAAAUCUUAAUAUUUGUGAAGAGCUUUGGCUGAAGAAGGACCCUUCUAAUAACAAGCUUGAAAAACCUUAUGCUAGUUACACUUUGACGAGAGAAGAAUGCAAAGAUUUUUGUAAAUUCAUUCAAAGUGUUAGAUUACCAGAUGGAUAUGCUUCGAAUAUUAGUCGAUGUGUAAAAGAUAAUGACAAACUAGGAGGAAUGAAAACUCAUGAUUGCCAUGUUUUACUUCAUAAGAUAUUACCAGUUGCAUUACUUCCUUUUCUAACAGACAACAUUCGUGGUACUUUGAUUGAACUCUGCCAAUUCUUUCAAAAAAUUUGUGCAAAAACAUUUCAUAUUUCUGACAUAGAAGAAUUGAGAGAUGGAAUUGUAAUAAUUUUGUGCAAGUUGGAAAAGAUAUUUCCCCCAUCAUUUUUUACCAUAAUGGUUCAUCUUUCUGUUCACCUACCCGAUCAAGUGUUAUUAGGUGGUCUAGUUGCUUCGAGAUGGAUGUUUGGGAUAGAAUGCCAUAUGGGUUUGUACAAGAAAUAUGUGAGAAACAUGUCUCGGCCUGAUGGUUCAAUAGCAGAAGCUUUUGUUGUAGAUGAAGCUAUAACUUUCUUGUCAAGAUAUGUUUCUAACAUAGAGACAAGAUUCACAAGACCCGAGCGUAAUUGGGAUAUACCUUCUCCAAAUCAUAAUUUAGAUGUUUUCAACUCCAAUGUUCGUCCAUUAGGGGCAUCUACUGUCAAAUUGCUUCAGAAUUGGAGAAAAGUCGCUCAAUGGUAUAUAUUGAACAAUUUUGUAGAUGAUAUCCAAGAUUUUCUCGAUGAUCAUAUAAAGUUGUUGGAAGAAAAAGGUCUUUCAGAUUCAGAAGUUGCCUUAGAGCACAAAGAACAAUUUCCUUCUUGGUUUAAGAAUAAAGUGUCUCAAAUGCGAGUUCAAAAAUCACCUCUUGCCAAUUAUGAUUUGUACUCUUUAUCUCAAGUUCCACUUGAACGGUACAACACCUACCAAAGUUGUAUUGUAAAUGGUGUUCAAUUUCGAUGUAAAGAGCGUGACGAUACUCUUAAGACACAAUGUUCUGGAAUUUGCACUGAAGGUGAUCAUGACAAUAUUAGUAUCCUAUAUUAUGGUGUCUUGAUUGAGAUUUUUCAGUUGUCAUUCAUUUUAGAUCGGAAGGUGUUCUUAUUUCGUUGCAAGUGGUAUAACUCCAAUCCAAAAGGUAGAUCAAUUGUUGUGGAUCAUAAUUUGACUUCCAUCAAUACAUCUACUGAUUGGUAUUCUAAUGAACCAUUUAUUUUGGCAACUCAAGCACAACAAGUUUUCUAUUUGCUUGAUAUGAAGCAUGGUUCAAAUUGGAGGAUUGUUCAAAAAGUAAAUCAUCAAUCUAUUUAUGACAUUCCUGAAAUUAUGGAAGAGACAGUAAAUAAUGAUGUGUUUCAAGAAGAAGAAUCAUUUCAAUUGCCACCUUUUCAACCAACUGAGGAUUUCAUAGAAAGUUCAUCUUUAGUUCGAUUAGAUGUUCCUUUUGUAACUCUUUUAGACCAACUUGUUGUUGAUUUAUUUUCAAACCAAAAUCAAAAUGUUGACAAGGAUAGUGACUUAGAUGAAGAUUUUGAUGAAGGAAAUAUAUUCUGUAAUAAUGAAACAUUUCUCUCAAGUGAUGACACUAAAAGUUCUACAGAAUCAGAAUGUGAUGAUGAUGCAGAUUCUUAA